AUGCUAGGACACAGAGACGCCGACCUUCCGUUCAGAUCUUUGGAGUCGUCCGAGGAAACGCUUCUGACGCGACAAGGUAGUAUCCGUGGUCGAAAGCUGCACGUAUUCAACACCAUACGGAUGAUGAGGAUAAAAAGUCAAUGGCAGAGAGACUACAUCAAAGAGGAGAUGAACAAGGUUGUCGUCUAUAUUACGACAUGUGGAAUCCUCAGGAGAGUUUGGGAGCGAUGUCGAGAUACGGUUGAACUCUUGAAAGCACUCAAAAUCAAAGCAGAAUUUCGUGAUCUCAACAUUGACCCCUCUUAUGCGCUGAUGAAUUGGGCCGAUCCGAAAUGCGUUUAG